CUAUAAAUAAAUGGGCAGAAGCCUUUGAGUUGCACACAACACACACACCCCUUCCUUCUCCUUCAGAUUUUUUGUUUUUAAUAAUUAUUUCAGACAAUUUUUAAGCAUCAUCUGGCAAACCAAUUAGCAGGGAAAGCUUAAGAAUCCAUGGCGAGUAAGGGUGUGAUUGUUUCUGCAGUUCGAGCUCUUGCUUCAUCAGGAAGCUCAGCAUCAUCAACAACUUUCACCAGGCACCUCCAUGCAUCUGGUGGAAGCAAAAAGAUUGUUGGGGUGUUUUACAAGGCAAAUGAGUAUGCAGAGUUGAACCCCAAUUUUCUGGGUUCUCAGGAGAGAGCUUUGGGGAUAAGGGACUGGCUGGAAUCACAGGGCCACAAGUAUAUUGUCACCGAUGACAAGGAUGGACCAAAUAGUGAACUAGAGAAACACAUUGAAGAUCUUCAUGUUCUCAUAACAACCCCCUUCCACCCUGCCUAUGUCACGGCUGAACGGAUCAAAAAGGCGAAGAAUUUGCAACUGCUUCUAACAGCUGGAAUUGGCUCUGAUCACAUUGAUCUGAAAGCUGCAGCUGCUGCCGGUUUGACAGUGGCAGAGGUCACGGGAAGCAAUGUGGUUUCGGUUGCAGAAGACGAGCUCAUGAGAAUCCUCAUUCUCGUCCGCAACUUCGUACCUGGACAUCAGCAGAUUGUAACCGGGGAAUGGAAUGUUGCAGGUAUUGCCCACAGAGCUUAUGAUCUCGAAGGAAAGACAGUGGGGACGGUUGGUGCUGGACGUAUUGGUAGGCUUUUGCUCCAAAGGUUGAAGCCUUUCAACUGCAAUCUUCUCUAUCAUGAUCGCGUCAAGAUUGACCCCGAAUUGGAGCAACAGACUGGGGCAAAGUUCGAGGAGGAUCUGGAUGCAAUGCUUCCGAAAUGUGAUGUUAUCGUUGUCAACACACCGCUUACUGAAAAAACAAGAGGACUGUUUGACAAAGAAAGAAUUGCGAAGUGUAAGAAGGGAGUCCUGAUCGUUAACAAUGCUCGUGGGGCAAUCAUGGACACGCAGGCUGUUGUUGAUGCUUGCUCCAGCGGACACAUUGCAGGUUACAGUGGUGAUGUUUGGAACCCACAACCAGCUCCAAAAGACCAUCCAUGGCGUUACAUGCCAAACCAUGCUAUGACCCCUCAUAUAUCCGGUACCACAAUUGACGCACAGUUGCGUUAUGCUGCUGGGACGAAGGAUAUGCUUGACAGGUACUUCAAGGGAGAAGAAUUUCCAGCACAAAACUACAUUGUCAAGGACGGUAAACUAGCAAGCCAGUACCAGUAGUUCGGUGCUCGUGAUGAAGUCUGCUACUUCGUGUUCGCUUGCAGACGCUGACGAUGGUGUAGGUCCAUAUGAAUAAUGUAGCCAAAAGCUUUCAACUUUAGGGUCUGUGCACCCAAUGUUUUUAUCUUCUUUGUUUCACCGGUUGUAUGGCCGUAUAGGCCACCGGUUUAAUCUGAGCAUGCGUCACUAUGUCUAUGUGAGACUUGUGAGAGUAUUUUCCCUUUCAAUAAUAAGAACUUGUUACUGUUCUAGUU